GACGUCAUCCAGAAGGAAAGCAACAACAACAACAAAUGUAAACAGAAAUUCAGCAAAGAUAGACAUUUUCCAAUUUUCUUAGUUUAUAAAGCAUGAAGAUAGUUGUUAUAUACGUUGUUAUUUUGUUUAUGUAUAUUUUUGCAGUAAAAGAAAGUCAACAAAAUGUUACAGUUACUGUAGGCAACGUAAUUACAACUGGGAUAAUGUCAACAACGCCUAGUACUGCUGACUUAACAGUCCAAUGCCCUGCAGGAUUUGAUUCAUUUCAGAAUCAUUGUUUCCAUAUCAGUAAACGGCGUGGAUUUAAGAAGAGUGCUACCUCAUUGUGCAAGAGAAUGGGUGGCUAUCAGACCUGGAUUGAUGGAAACGAGAAGGAAAGUAUUGCAAGCGGCUACUUAAGAGCACACUUUAAUAUGCUUUAUCAGAAAACCCCUUUUGUGUGGCUACCAACAAUCAACACCAACGGUAUCAACACCAACGGUGUCAUCUACACAUUUGCAGACUCCAAGAAGAACGCCACACUGUACUUGCGAAAACAUGUUCACCAAAUUAGCAAAUAUAUGAAUCAGACACACAAGCUGCAUUUUUACAUAAAUGUGUUCGGCUAUGCUUUCCAUUGUUCACGCGUUUGCUGGAGAUUACAAGCUUUCUGUGAAGCUAAGCCGAAAAAUUCAGGCAAAAGCUUGACUGCACAACAGCCUGUGCAAAAUGAACGAGAGGAUUGUCCAAGAGGAUUUCAUUUUUUCAUGAAUCACUGUUUCUAUAUAAGUCGUAGAAGUGGAAAUGAAGAAUUUGCUCGAAAGGUUUGUUAUAGAAUAGGAGGUUACCAGCCGAGGAUAGAUGGGAGACAAAAGGAGGAAGUUAUUUUAAGCUAUCUAAGAGCAAAUAUGAACAUAAUUACUUCCUCGUCCAAAAGUGUUUGGUUGCCAAGAAUCGUAACAAAGGGGAAAUCAGUUGAAUGGAUAGAUUCUGGAAAAAGUGCCAACUCAUUUGUAAAGAGAUAUAGACUAAAUCCAAACCAUUUCAAAGAGACAGCUAAAAGGCACUAUUUAACAUAUUCACUCACUGGAUGGGUGAAGGAAUGCCGUCGGGGGUGCUGGACAUCGCAGGCACUCUGUGAAACUGAGAGCUUAACCGAUAGCUUAACCAAAAACGACUGGAAGAAAAGGAAAAACCACUGGAAGAAAGGGAUAAUAAUACGGGGGAAAAGGAUAGCAAACAUGGGGGAAGAAAAGAAAAAGCCUAUAAAACCAACUCUCGACAUAAAAAGUACUCUAGCUCCAAGUAUACAAUCGCAACAAAGUACUCUAGCUCCAAGUAUACAAUCGCAACCGGAAGUUGAACAGUGUCCGGAUAAGUUUGAUGAGUAUCAACAACAUUGUUUCUAUAUCGGACGGCGGAAACUGUCUAUACGCUAUGCAAAAGAAAAAUGUAAAGAGUUAGGAGGAUAUCAAGUUGAUAUUGCCGAUGAAAGAAAAGAGGAUAUUGUACUUAGUUAUUUAAAAGCAAACAAGGAAAGGGUUCUUCAGCCAUCUCCCUAUUUGUGGCUGUCAACAGUGGUCGGCGAUGGCAGGCAUUUAACAUGGUUAGAUACAGCAAAUAGUGCCAAAUAUUUUCUGAGGAAGAGAAAGUACAUAGGCAAAACAUUUUAUACGCAGACAUACUUUGAGAGGGAACUGUUUAUGCAUUUCUCAGGCAAGAAUCUGAAGAAGGCUAGAAGCCUUGGUGUUUGCGUAGGAGAAUGUAGACGUCAUCUUUUCCAACCAUUUUGUGAGACAGAAAUGGAGGCUUCAAAUAAAGGGGCUAAGAGCGGACAUUGAAGGAAAAGUAUGAAGUUUGUUGCACAUACAUAUUGUAUUGUUGAUAUGCCAUGACUGUGAUAGACAUUAUUGUUGUUUGAGAUUGAUUCUGAUUGUUUUUGAUCGGCUUGGUCUGAGGCUCUGUCUGGAAAAAAAAACAAAAACAAAAAAAAAAGAAAGAUGUAAAUAACAGA